UUUAAGAAGAUGGACAAAAAUCGGCGACGAUCCAAAUCCAGUUCUUUCAUUUACGGUCCUAAGUGACACACUCGAUUCUGGCUCCGCCUCAGACGAAGAAGCUCGCUCUGGAUUCUCACUCACCUGAACGGAUCCUUCUUCUUCCUUAUCGCGAAAUCCAUACUUCAAACCCUAAUCGCGACUGCGGUUUAUGAUUUGUGUGCAGACACAACACAAAGUUGACGAAGGUGGUUUUUCAGCAUUUGUAUUCUAGUAUUCUUCUACAUAAGUUGAAGCGAAAAUGAGGAUUAUGAUAAAGGGCGGUGUUUGGAAAAACACCGAAGAUGAAAUCCUAAAAGCAGCUGUUAUGAAAUAUGGCAAGAACCAGUGGGCUCGAAUCUCUUCUCUCCUUGUUCGCAAAUCUGCCAAGCAAUGCAAAGCUCGCUGGUAUGAGUGGCUCGAUCCCUCCAUAAAAAAGACUGAGUGGACGAGAGAAGAGGAUGAGAAGCUACUUCAUCUUGCUAAGCUUAUGCCCACACAGUGGAGAACAAUUGCUCCAAUUGUUGGCCGUACCCCUUCCCAGUGUCUUGAGCGGUACGAGAAGCUCCUUGAUGUAGCCUGUGUGAAGGAUGAGAACUAUGAGCCCGGUGAUGAUCCUCGGAAACUGCGUCCUGGGGAGAUUGAUCCAAACCCUGAGUCAAAACCUGCACGCCCCGAUCCUGUUGAUAUGGAUGAAGAUGAAAAGGAGAUGCUUUCUGAAGCACGAGCCCGGUUAGCCAACACAAAGGGCAAGAAAGCAAAAAGGAAAGCUAGGGAGAAACAGCUUGAGGAAGCCAGGAGGCUUGCUUCUUUACAAAAGAAGAGAGAAUUGAAGGCUGCUGGAAUUGAUAUUAGGCAGCGGAAGAGAAAAAGGAAAGGAAUAGAUUACAAUGCAGAAAUUCCUUUUGAAAAAAGGCCCCCUCCAGGGUUUUUUGAUGUUACAGAUGAAGAUAGACCAGUGGAACAGCCCCAGUUCCCUACUACAAUUGAAGAACUUGAAGGGAAAAGGAGGGUUGAUGUUGAGGCACAAUUAAGAAAACAGGACAUUGCAAAAAAUAAAAUUGCACAAAGGCAAGAUGCUCCAUCUGCCAUAUUGCAUGCCAACAAGCUGAAUGACCCAGAAACAGUAAGAAAGAGGUCAAAAUUGAUGCUUCCACCCCCGCAGAUUUCAGAUCAGGAAUUGGAUGAUAUUGCAAAGUUGGGUUAUGCUAGUGACCUUGCAGGAAGUCAGGAACUUGCUGAAGGUAGUCGUGCAACACAGGCUCUUCUGACUAAUUAUGCACAGACACCUGGCCAAGGAAUGACUCCUUUGCGAACCCCUCAGAGAACACCGGCUGGUAAAGGUGAUGCUAUCAUGAUGGAAGCUGAAAAUCUGGCCAGGCUGAGGGAGUCUCAAACACCAUUGUUAGGAGGAGAGAACCCAGAGUUGCAUCCUUCAGAUUUUUCCGGUGUCACUCCUAAGAAAAAGGAGAUUCAGACUCCAAACCCAAUGCUGACUCCUUCUGCAACUCCUGGAGCUGCAGGUCUCACUCCUAGAAUUGGCAUGACACCAACAAGAGAUGGUUUUUCUUUUAGCAUGACACCAAAGGGAACUCCUCUUAGGGAUGAGCUACAUAUUAAUGAGGACAUGAAUAUGCAUGACAGCACUAAACUUGAGCUACAGAGACAGGCUGAUAUGAGAAGAAGUUUGCGUUCUGGUUUAGGAAGCCUUCCACAGCCCAAAAAUGAGUACCAGAUAGUGAUGCCACCUGUUCUAGAAGAUGCCGAAGAGCCUGAGGAGAAAAUUGAAGAGGAUAUGUCUGAUAGAAUAGCUAGAGAAAAAGCGGAAGAAGAGGCAAGGCAGCAGGCAUUGCUUAGAAAGCGAUCAAAAGUUCUUCAACGGGAACUUCCUAGGCCUCCUACAGCAUCAUUGGAGCUUAUAAGAAAUUCCUUGAUGCGAACUGACGGGGACAAGAGUUCCUUUGUUCCACCAACCUCUAUUGAGCAAGCUGACGAGAUGAUUAGAAGGGAGCUUCUAACUUUGCUGGAGCAUGACAAUGGUAAGUAUCCACUUGAUGAUAAAGUGAUUAAGGAGAAAAAGAAAGGAGCCAAGCGUGCUGUAAAUGGGUCUGCUGUCCCUGUGAUAGAAGAUUUUCAGGAAGAUGAAAUGAAAGAGGCUGAUAAGUUGAUAAAGGAAGAGGCCCUGUAUCUUUGUGCAGCAAUGGGUCAUGAAGAUGAACCCCUUGAUGAAUUUAUUGAAGCACACAGAACCUGUCUCAAUGAUCUUAUGUACUUUCCUACCCGUAAUGCAUAUGGUCUCUCUAGUGUUGCUGGAAACAUGGAAAAACUAGCAGCUUUGCAGAAUGAGUUUGAGAAUGUGAGAAACAAAUUGGAUGAUGGUAAGGAGAAGAUGGUACGGCUUGAGAAGAAGGUGAUGGUUCUCACGCAAGGUUAUGAGAUGAGAGUAAAGAAAAGCCUGUGGCCACAAAUUGAGGCCACUUUCAAGCAGAUGGAUGUAGCUGCAACUGAGUUAGAAUGCUUUAAAGCUUUGCAAAAGCAGGAACAAUUGGCAGCAUCACAUAGGAUAAACAAUCUGUGGGGUGAAGUACAGAAGCAAAAAGAACUUGAGAAAACUUUGCAAAAUAGGUAUGGGAGUCUAAUUGAAGAGCUGGAAAAGAUGCAAAAUGUCAUGGACCAAUGCAGAUUACUAGCACAACAGCAAGAAGAAAUUGAAGCAAACAACCAUGCUCGUGAGUCAACUGAGAUCAUUGAGAGCAAGGCUGGUGAAACUGAUGUACAGAGUACAGAAAAUUGUGAAACUGUACCUGACUCAGUAGAGCAUGGACAUGCUCUAGCAGUUGAGUCAUCUGAUGAUGGAACUGCUGACCAGCAAGUAGAUAUUGUGCAUGACCAGGCUACUUCUAGCGUUAGCCAUGACAUGGAUGUAGAUUCUGAUAAAUUGGCUAAUCCUACACCAGCUGCAGAGAAUGUCGAUGGAAAACUGGAAGUUACUGCUACUGCCAGCUAUACUGAUGAUGGGAAGACCAUGCUAGAAAUGGGUGCUGCAGUGGAAGUAAGUAGCAGCCCCAAUCAUGAUGUAGUUGCGGAUGCUGUAAACUCACAUGAUAACAGCAUGGAAGAAACCAAUGCUGUUGGGGAGGAGACAAAUUAGGCCGGACACUGCAUAGCCUGUUCUGAUUAAGUAUGGGGACGUUAGACUGGAUGCUUUAACUGAAUAAAAUGCAUGGAUAGUGAGUCCUCCGUUGUUGGAAGGUAGCUAAAGAGCUUAGUUGAUGCCAAGAUUUUGUAAUGAUCCCUACUCGAAGUUUGGAACAUAUUAUGAACUGAUAAAUUGCAUGAGCAUUGAGAUGGUUGACCGUAUUUUUUUUUUUCUGAAUUUUUGUCCUCUUCCAUAUGAUGGAUGUUGAUAAUGUGCUCUUUACAUUUUAAGAAUGAUACAUGAUUUUAUAUCAAUGAAUUAGAGCUCGGUAACUAUUGUAAAA